UAAACAGCUGCAACAUUUUGGCGCGUAUGUCGAAUUUGCUUUGUGACUUCAGAGUCUGAUGUUCUGCAAUUUUAAUAUAAGUUAUUUGUUUUAUAUAAAUCAAUGCGAGUCAAUAAAGCUGUGCUUUUCUGUUAAGUAUAAAGUGUUAGAUUUAAAUUAGCUGUUGAGUAAAGCAGGGAAGAUGCGUUCGAACCGAAAGCAAACCACCGCUGUGGAUAGGAAAAAGCGUAGCCGUAUUGCUGGAGAGUCUGAUGCAUCUUUUGGCAGUCCAGUUGGAAUUGAUUCUAUCACACACAACUCUAGCCAAAAAACUAAAAGAAUGAAUAGUGAAAUUCGCAAGUUUGUUAAUAAACGCAAGAAUAGUGAUCCGCGAUUGGUGACGCCUCAUGUAUCUUCUCAAAAGGAGAGAGGACGAAACAAAACGUCGACUAAUAUUGGAACGAGCAGUAAAUCAUCAUCGUCUACGCCACGGAGAAAACGUGAUUUGUUAGCAAAUUUGCACUCUGAUUUGAGCCCAAAAUAUAUCGGAUUUAGGACCCCGCCAUCAUGCUCUACUAUGGUUGGCAAUGGUAGUGAAAGCGACGGUAGCUUACAAACGAGAAGUGGCCGCCGUCGCAAAUUGCAAGUAUCCGAAUUAGUAGAUAGUGAUAGCGAAGUUUUAGCCGACACCUCCACAGCAUUACUAGGUUGUGUGAGACGUGCACAUAACGAAGCAUUAACACCUUCCCCAAAUAGUUCAUCGUCGCGUAAAAAGUUUGAAAGUCCCAUUGAUAAAUUGCUUGCACGAAAUGGUUCAGUGGUGGUGGAUGAUAUUAGCAAAGAAAAAAUAGUGAAAAAUUUGGAUGAGAGCCUAAAGUCCAAAUUAACAACCGUAAAAAGUGAAUGUGAACUUGAAACAAAAGAAGAAUUCGAUGAAUUUCAGUGUGGGAUUUUCAGAGCCAAUAAUUUGACAGAUGUGGAGGAAAACCGAAAAAUUUGUCAAACAAUAGUUUUAGGGACUGAGCAGAACAAGGAAUCUCCAGUAAACGAAACAUCUCAACUCGUUAGCGAUGUAAAAAGUGAAAUAGUCUAUGAUGUACAGAAUGAAGUAGGGACAAAAGCUGCCGCCCAAACAAAGGAAAUUAGUCGUAAAGAAAAUGAAGGAUAUUCAAUAAUUCCCGAUGAACAAGAACAUUCUGGUGAAAAUUUUGUUGUAAAUCCACUUGUAGCAGUUAAAAUUGAAGUUGAUAGUAGCGAAAAUACUGCGGAAAGCCUCGAAAAUCCUAAUGGCAGCGGGGAGGCAAAUCUGCAAUACGACGGGGAAAGUGGGGAUAGUGGCGUUUCGUUGUUAUUACGCGAAGCAGUCGGCUUUAGCGCCAACUCCCCUUCUGCCUUUAGUUUAGAUAGCGCAAAAGGGUCAUCCGUAGUCACAGGAAUGGAUUGGAUGUCAUUUACAACAGGAGAUCUCUUCUGGGGGCAAAUAUUCGCCUUUUGUUACUGGCCUUGCAUCGUUUGCCCGGACCCUGAUGGUAAGACGAUAACUACUGAUCGCAACGAACGUACUGACGAGGAGUUUGUAUUAGUGCAUGUACGCUUCUUUGCCGAUAGUGGACGAAGAAAUUGGGUGAAACGUGACAAUCUUAUUCCCUACACUGAUCUAGAAAAUUACAAGCAACAAAUGCGCGAAAUACGUAGGAAGUAUGGCAAGGAUAGUCAACAAUACAAAUUACUUUUACCGAAAUCCGACAAAGUACUAAUUUGGCGAGAAGCAAUUAAAGAAGCAAAUAAGGUAGCCGAAAUCUUGCAUGAGGACAGAUUAAAGAAAUUAUUUGAAAUGUACGAGCAGAAGAAAGCUUUAAAGAAGCAACAACGAAGGCAACAAAGACAACGAAAUUUAAGCGCAGACAACGAUAGCAGUACCAGUAGAUUUCGACACGACUCGAUGGAGAGUCGUAUAGUGAAGAAUCCCUUGGCUACAAGGAAACGUGCCCGUUCAACUUCGCCGUAUAGCCCGGCUUUUUCGCCUCUAAAACAAGUGUCUGAAAUCAAACGACGUAAAUUAAGUGACACAUCAACUCGAGAAUUGCAGGCGUCGGAAAGCUUGUGUGGAGAUAACACCGAAGCUCUUGAAAGUUAUAAACAUGAAGCUCCCGCUCAAAAAGAGAAUGAAGAAGUAAAUUCGUCCAGCUCGUUUACAUCCUUGCACGCAGAAGAGCUAAGCAGCAGUGAUGAUUACAGAAAUUUCUACAAUGCAAUGAAAGAAUUUGUAUUGCAAGAUAAUAAAGACGAUAUUUUGGAAAGAAGUUUGAUUGUUGCAGCUCGAAACAUUUGGGCCCUAAGGCAGAUUAAUCAACAACAAAUGCAGCGGAAAUUAUUGUCAGGCAAUAAUGAGCAAGAGUUGGGUUCUAGUCUUGUGGAAAGUGGUAGUGGUAAAGGUACUGUUAAGCGACUUUCCAACAGAUUGAAAACUAUAAGGUACCGACAUAGUUUACCAGCUAAAAUUAAUGACUCCCCAUACCCAGAAACAUUGGAAAAAAAGCAACGUGAUGAUCAAGAAGCCCGACAAAUUGAUAACAAGCCGAAGCGACAAUUGAAUCGACCCAUAGAAGAAGUUAUCGAUGAUAUAUUCAAUUUAGAUAACAAGUACUUAUUUCGGGGAUUAGCUCAUGAUCCCGUUUGUAAGUACUGUCUUCGUCCGAGUGAUUCUUUGGUCAGGUGUGCCAAAGGUUGUCAAUCAUGGUUGCAUGCCGAUUGUAUUCGAAAAACUUCAAUUAAUGGAAAUAUUGAAAAAAGAAAUGGGCGCAGUAAAUCAGAAAGUAGCAAUUCAAGGCGGAAUUCGUCGAAAUGGUCCGUUGAUACAAAAAUGUCACUUGAAAAGCAAAGUACUCAAUCAAUCAUUGGUGAAGAACAAACUGCAAGUUCAUCGUCACUAGCUUCCUACCAUGUUACUGCCGACGCCGAGACUGAUGAAAAAAUAGCAGAAAUUACUUGCGACUCCUGUGCCCUAGGUAAACCACCCGCCUGCGCUGUAUGUAAAAACGACAAUUCGUCCGAUCCAAGCAGAGAGGAACUUGUUGUUUGCAAUAUGUCCCAAUGCUCCCAAGUAUUCCAUCCCGCCUGUUGCAGGUAUUGGCCACAAGCGAAAUUUACCAAAUCAAAAAAUAAGAUUGAAUCGUUUCGCUGCCCAUCCCACGUGUGUCAUACUUGUGUGUCAGACGAUCCCAAGGGCAAGUUUCAACAUUUACGAAAUUCGAAACUUACAAAAUGCGUCAAAUGUCCUGCCAGUUAUCAUGUGGACUCUACGUGCAUACCGGCAGGCUCACAGAUACUUACUGCAGCACAUAUCAUUUGUCCCCGCCACAGCAAAUCCGGUAAAACCGAUGGGCACGUGAAUGUCAGUUGGUGUUUCAUUUGCGUGGGUGGCGGGCAAGUUAUUUGUUGUGAAACAUGUCCCACUGCUGUGCAUGCAAAGUGUUUAAAUAUCACGCUAGACCCAAGUGAAGGAUACAUUUGCGAGGAGUGUGAGUCAGGUCGUCUGCCAUUGUACGGAGAAAUGGUGUGGGCCAAGUUCACUUCGUUUCGAUGGUGGCCGGCAAUCAUUUUACCACCCACGGAAAUACCACAAAAUAUUAGACGGAAGUCGCAUAAUCCUCAUGAUUUCGUCGUUCGUUUCUUUGGUACACAUGAUCAUGGGUGGAUUUCUAGGCGGCGGGUCUAUCUUUAUUUGGAAGGCGACAGUUCGGAACCACCUAAAACAAAAUCAAGUUUAGACCAGAGCUAUAAUAGAGGUGUAGAAGAGGCGAAACGAAUUUACGAAAUUAUAAAAUCCAAGAAGCUCGCACAACGUUUAACCAAUGAGAGCAAAGAAAAGUUACACCCACAGCCAUAUGUGCGAAUAAAGGUCAAUCGCGCCGUCUAUCCCGUUAAGCUCCAUAUUGACUUGGAAAAGGUGAGCAAAUGCGAAUGCAAAAUGGACGACGAAGAUCCCUGUGGACCAAAUUCAAACUGCUUGAACCGCGUUCUCUAUCAUGAGUGCAAUCCAAAGGUGUGUCCUGCGGGUGAGCGUUGUCAAAAUCAAAUGCUCGAAUCUAGAUUGUCACCACGUCUUGACGUGGUUUAUCUGAAAGAACGUGGUUUCGGUUUGGUGUGUCGGCAACCAAUAAGUGCAGGGGAUUUUAUCAUCGAGUAUGUUGGUGAAAUUAUCGAUGACAAUGAGUUUCGGCAAAGAAUGUCACAGAAGUCUUUGGAUCGUGAUGAGAACUUUUAUUUUCUAUCUGUGGAGAAGGAUUAUAUUAUCGACGCGGGGCCAAAGGGAAAUUUGGCUCGUUUCAUGAAUCAUUCAUGCGAUCCGAAUUGUGAGACACAGAAAUGGUCAGUGAACGGUUUGAAUCGCAUAGCACUUUUUGCUAUCAAAGAUAUACCAGCGAACACAGAGCUUACUUUCAACUAUCACUGGGAUGAUUUGUUAGGAAAUGAGAAAAAAAUUUGCUUGUGUGGCGCAGCCAAAUGUGUAGGAGUAAUUGGUGGCAAAAACAAAGAAGAAAAAUUCCUCAAACAGGAGAGUCCUGCAAUGGAGGUCAAUAAGACUAAGUCCGGUACUACACGCAAGAGAAAGCCAUUGAAAAAGUUGCAGAAUCGUGCCCGGGGAGGUAAUGGGGGAAAAGCAAGCAAAAAGCGAACGAAUGUUACUGUGAAGAUUGAACCUCAUACAAGCAAUGAAUUGGCAGAUAAGCAAAAAAUCGAAGUUGUAAAUUCUUCAUCGCCGCAAGGUAUUAACACCAACGAUAUCACUGCCCAUGACGAAGAAAAUGACAAUCGUACAAAUAUAUCUUGAUAUAAAUAUUUUCCAUUCGCAAAUCUUUUCCUGUAUGUAUAGAGAUAAUAUAACAAAAUUCUGUUUAUAACGUGAGUAAAAAUUCUAUUUUUAAAAACUCUGUAAAUAUUGUAUACAAUUUUGCAAGCAAAGAAAGAACAAUUUUUACCCUCCAUCUUUAAAGAAAUCACGCUGAUUUAAAUUGAUAUUAGCUGUGUUUCUUCUUUAUUUAUUCUGAAUCUUGUUGAAUAUUGUUAAUGUAUAAGAUAUUUAUAAGUUCGAUUCCGCUCGUUUGACCUCUUCCAAUUUUGAAAGUUUUUGUAAUCUCCCAUUAGGCGUUUUUAAAAUUCGGUAGCGCUAAGUAGCAAAGAACAUGUAAAGACAAUCGAUUCAAUUUCAUUUAGAAAUGUUGAAUUGAACUACAAAAUAAUGUUAAAAAUCGCAAAAUUUUGUAUUAUGAAUGAAAAAAAAAAAAGUAAAUGUUUUUAGUGAAAGAUAAGUGAUAUACACUAUAAAAUAAAACAAAAAUAGUUCUUAGUCCUUCGAUGCGAUGUGGUUUUCAAAAAAUGUCAAAAUAGCAUUUUCCGGUUUAAGGGGGAACACCACUGUGAACGCGGGAAAAUUAAGUGAUUUUCAUGAAUUUUUUUUUAUAAGUAGGGAUGAUUAUUUGAGGAUCGGACAAAUUAUAAUUUAUUUAACAUAGGUAUAUUCAAGUAUACUGAAUAAAAAAUAUAAAAAACUACAAUUGUUAUUGAUAUUAAUGCAAUGACGUCAUAAAAAACUGAUGCACCCUGGUGGCUACGAUACAGCCGUGAAAAAUCAUCUGAAAGCAAAAAAACAAAAAAAUUCUUAAUCUACAUAUACAUCAAUGGCUAUCGUCGUACGUGGCGGUUUUUAUUUAAUUUUUUUUUUUGAAAAAAUGGUGUAGGUUUGAAAAAUGAGUUUGUGUUUUCACCCUUUUUUUGUUUUCGAAAGGCUUGAAAAAAAUUAAUUUUUGGAAUUUUUAAAAACGGCUAUGUACGACUGUAGCCAAUACAUGUACAAAAAUUAAAAAAAAAAAAAUAGAAUCGGUUCAUAAGUCUUCGAGAAAUCGAGGCCACCGUGUUCAGAAAAGUCCUUUUGAGAAAAACGCGUUUAAAGUUUUCAUUGGCCGUUGUAACUCACUACCUGCACUUAUUGUAUUGGGUAUAUAACUUCGCCAAUUUUCAAGAUUUUAAGUUAAAUUUUUUUUUACAUAUUUUUGUAUAUUACUUUUUCAAGAAAAUGCAAAAAAAACGAUUUUUUUUUUAAAUCACAGUGGGGUUCCCUCUUAAGCAUUUUCUUCCAUAAGUCAUUUCGAAAAGUUUCAAAAUAAUAAUUUCAAGUUUGAGCUUUUUCUUCCAUAAAUCACUUCGAAAAGUUUCAAAAUAAUAGUUUCCGAUUUAAGCAUUUUCUCCUAUAAGUCGUUUUUCGAAUACAACUUAAAAAUCUGCUUAUUUCAUUUUCCUUACUUUUUUCGUUGUUGUUAUGGGAAAAUAAUGCCUUAAAGGAUUUGAGUUUUAUACAUUUUACAAAGCAAUUAAGGGGAAUUUUAAUUGAAAAUAUUCAAAGAUGAUGUGAAUAACUUUCAGAAUGUAAAAUAAAAAUUACCGAAAAUCACUUCAAAUCCGAUCCAAGCUCACACGAUAUGCCACAGUAGUUAUACUAUAUAUGGGUAAAUAAUACAAUAUAUUAAGUUCUGUAGAAAUGCUUUCGUAAAAAAUUGUUUUAUUUUCACUCUUAUUUUUUACAGAACCUUACGCAUCUAAAGUUGUUUUAUUAAAAAAAUUUAGUUUGCCACAAGGCCAUUUUUAUGAAUAAUGUCACUAGAAAUGUUAAGAACCACGGCUUAACUAAUCUCAAUUUGUACAUUUUUUAGUUUAAAAUAUCUAAAAUUACCGUUUAAUGAUCCAUGUGACAUGGUUUUUUUUUUUUGUUAUAUUUCAAACUAUUUCGAAUAGUCACUUUAUUACAUUGUUUUCUUCUAAGCUAAGCUAUUCAGUCAAUAAAUUCAUUUAUUUUGUUGUUAGUUUUUGGAUUA